CUUUUACUCGAGCAUUUGUUGAUAAAAUCAGCUUUUUAUGUUCCGAUAUUAUUUCUUCUUGGGACGCUUCAGCAGUAUUCUUGAUCAGUGAUAAGAUAAGGAAAGCUCCGUAAUGGAAUUCUUGGAAGAGGAGGAACCUGUGUUUGCUUUGGAACGUUUAUCAUCUGUUCCAACUCCAGAACCCAUAGAAGUCUGUAAAUGUCUCUUAUCGGCGGAAUCGUCUGAAGAAGAAGUUAUUUCAGAGCGCAAGAAAUUCGUUUUAUCAAUAGUCUCCCGUACAGAAAAUUAUUUGCGAGAGCAUCGUAUUCCUGAACUUAUCAGAUUCAUCCUUACCAAAAUAAUAGCCACUCAAAGUAAAAGUAAAGGCUCCAUGAAUAUAGCAGAUUACAUCGUGCAACUUUUGGAUGAAUGUAUGUUAUUUCGGGCCGGUCUCAGUGCUGCUCCGGUAUUAUUUGAGGAAAGACAUCUAAAGGCUGUUAUCAAAAGUUUUGAUCCGAACGAUAGAGGAUGGCUUAGUGCUGGACAAGUUCGCAGAGCGUUUAUGACUCUGGGCCUUUCUCUAGAAGAUUUAAAAUUAGACGAAAAGAUUCCUACCGAUAUAGUUUUGAAACUAUUAGAAACAGUGCAGGAGCAAGAGCUACACAAUUUACUGGUUGCAGGAAUUCCAUAGCAAGACAAUAUAUUGGCGAAACAAUCGUCUAUUUCUUAUUUGGUUUGUAAGAUGUAGGUAUAUACAAUUUACUACUUAUAUAGAUUACUAAUUUUAAACAAUUCUUACUUAGCCUAUUAUUGUUCUUAUUUAUAGUUUU